UCACAAUCCCCGCCAAAAGUUGAAUCGCGUGUGGAACCAACUCACGAAAAACAACAUUAAAUUGUUUGCGUUGCUCUGUGCGUGUAUUUAGUUAUUAGAAGCUUUUUUUGAAAGUGUUCAAGUUAUAAUUACCAAAGUAUAACAAACAGCUAAAUAAGAUGGCGGAUCAAGUGAGUUCACCUCCUCCAGCCACGCCGGGAGACGCCGACGACCGGCGUGAAUUGCGUGCAGCUAUGACUUCACCCAUUGGAGAUUUUGAGCCAUUCGAGAAUGAAGAUGAAAUCUUCGGAGAUCAGACUAUACGUGAAGAAGAGGAAGAAGAGGGCGAGGAGUUAUUCGGUGAUAAUAUGGAGAACGACUAUCGGCCGAUGCCAGAGCUGGAUCAUUAUGACCCCGCAAUGCUGGAUGAUGACGACAACUACUCAGAGCUGUCACAGGGUGAACGCCAGGCAGCUGAAGCUGAAAUGCGAAAGCGCGAUCGUGCACUUGGCAUACAUCGUGAUGACCGAGAUCUAGGCUUUGACCAAAGUGACGAAGAGGACGAUGUCGGACCACGGGCAAAACGUCGUGCUGCUGAGAAAGCGGCCGAAGGCGAGAUGGAAGAUGCGGAGAUGAUAGAGUCCAUCGAAAACUUGGAAGACACUAAAGGUCACUCCACCAAGGAGUGGGUUAGUAUGCUUGGACCGCGCACAGAAAUUGCCAAUCGUUUCCAGUCGUUUUUGCGCACUUUUGUUGAUGAACGUGGCAUGUACACGUACCGGGACCGCAUACGACGCAUGUGCGAACAAAAUAAAUCGUCAUUUAUUGUGUCGUAUACGGAUUUGGCAAAUAAAGAGCAUGUGCUGGCUUACUUCCUACCCGAAGCGCCCUUUCAAAUGCUGGAAAUUUUUGAUAAAGUUGCAAAGGAAAUGGUCUUAUCAAUAUUCCCCACAUAUGAACGUGUCACCACAGAAAUUUAUGUUCGUAUAUCAGAGCUGCCCCUUAUCGAAGAGUUGCGCACUUUCCGCAAAUUGCACUUGAACCAGCUUGUUCGUACUUUGGGCGUGGUCACAGCUACAACCGGCGUGUUGCCCCAACUUUCAGUAAUCAAAUACGAUUGUGUAAAAUGUGGUUAUGUUUUGGGGCCAUUUGUUCAAUCGCAAAAUACUGAAGUAAAGCCUGGUUCCUGUCCUGAGUGCCAAAGUGCCGGACCAUUUUCGAUUAAUAUGGAACAAACACUUUAUCGCAAUUACCAGAAGAUUACCUUGCAAGAGUCACCUGGCCGCAUUCCCGCUGGUCGGAUUCCGCGCAGCAAAGACGUCAUUCUUUUGGCGGACCUUUGUGAUCUAUGCAAGCCAGGCGAUGAGAUAGAGGUUACUGGUAUUUAUACAAAUAACUACGACGGUUCGCUAAACACAGAGCAAGGAUUUCCGGUAUUCGCCACCGUUAUAAUUGCGAAUCAUAUUAUUGUGAAGGACUGUAAACAAGUUGUGCAAUCACUUACGGACGAAGAUAUUGCUACCAUACAGAAAUUGAGCAAAGAUCCUCGUGUUGCGGAGAGAAUUAUCGCAUCAAUGGCCCCAUCCAUAUAUGGUCAUGAUUAUAUUAAGCGUGCCUUGGCGCUGGCAUUAUUUGGCGGCGAAUCUAAAAACCCCGGUGAAAAGCACAAAAUUAGAGGUGACAUAAACUUACUUAUAUGCGGUGACCCUGGAACAGCCAAAUCCCAAUUUUUGAAGUACACGGAAAAGAUAGCACCGCGCGCUGUUUUCACAACCGGUCAAGGUGCUAGUGCCGUAGGUUUGACAGCUUACGUUCGUCGAAAUCCCGUAUCACGUGAGUGGACUUUGGAAGCAGGCGCUUUAGUGCUGGCAGACCAAGGUGUUUGUCUUAUUGACGAAUUUGACAAAAUGAAUGAUCAGGAUCGCACUUCAAUACACGAAGCCAUGGAACAACAAUCGAUAUCUAUAUCGAAAGCAGGCAUCGUGACAUCUUUACAAGCGCGUUGUACCGUUAUUGCAGCUUCAAAUCCCAUUGGCGGCCGUUAUGACCCCUCAAUGACCUUUUCAGAAAAUGUAAAUCUUUCAGAGCCAAUUUUGUCACGUUUCGACAUUCUGUGCGUGGUAAAGGAUGAGUUCGAUCCCAUGCAGGAUCAGCACUUGGCAAAGUUCGUAGUCAAUUCACAUAUUAAACACCAUCCGUCCUGUGAAGAGUUCGUGGAGGACACACAGACGACGGGAGUAGCUGAAAUACCGCAAGAUCUUUUGCGGCAAUAUAUAAUUUAUGCGAAAGAAAACGUCCGCCCUAAACUUACGAAUAUUGAUGAAGAUAAAAUAGCCAAGAUGUAUUCACAACUGCGCCAAGAAUCCUUCGCAACCGGUUCAUUGCCAAUCACUGUACGGCACAUUGAAAGCGUCAUCCGUAUGUCCGAAGCACAUGCACGCAUGCACUUGCGCGAGAGUGUGACUGAGUCCGACGUAAGCAUGGCCAUACGCAUGAUGUUGGAGAGCUUCAUAGAAGCACAAAAGUUCAGUGUCAUGAAGAAAAUGCGCACGGCCUUCCAGAAGUAUCUAUCCUUCCAAAAGGAUCACUCGGAGUUGCUGUUCUUCAUUCUUCGGCAAUUGACACUCGACCAACUUGCCUAUAUACGUUGCAAAGAGGGACCCAGAGCCACGCACGUUGAAAUAAUGGAACGCGAUCUUAUUGAGCGGGCUAAACAGUUGGAUAUAUUUAAUUUAAAACCAUUUUAUGAUUCAGACAUUUUCAAACAAAAUGGUUUCUCUUAUGAUCCAAAGCGGCGAACAAUUCUGCAGAUUGUCACUGAAGCGGCUGUGUAAGCUGAUGCGCA